AUGAGGCUGAUGGACGACUUGGACGGCGAGCUGUACUCCGCUGAUGGGGGAAUUGGACAGCUUCGCGACUUUGAAGAACUCUUCAGCUUUAACAAGGGCAUUCUCAGCUGUCGCGGCGUUAUCCUAGACGAGAUUGAUGAAAUCGUCGAAGACCCAGGGAGGAUGCCCUCAAGACACGUAUUCCAUCCACCCGAUCCAGACGCCUUCUACAAGUUCCAAGAUGCUCGCCUCAAUAAGACCAAGGAGCAGAGCGCGUGGCUUCACUACGACUGCAUUACUGCAAGGUCGCGCCAUAUCCCGACGCACGAGUGGCCUUUCAGCUAUGAAGGGCGCUGGUGGUUUGAUAUCGUACAAUCUGUGCUUCGAGGAAGGACGCUCUGUAUCACGAAAAAGGGGUACAUGGCCCUUUUGCCUUCUUACAUCUCAGAAAAGACUUUCGACAAGCCGUGGCUCUUGGCUGUGAUAGCGACGUGUUCUGUGCCAGUAUUGCUGCAAGAAGUUGAAAGUGUAGAUGGGAAGACUGUGUAUAGUUUUGGUGGCACCUGCUUCGUCCAGGGAUGGAUGGAAGGGGAAAUGCUGAUGAGACCCGAAGACUCGGCAUCGCCAGCUGGGUUCUGGUUUACGGAAGAGGCAAGGAAGAGUACGUUGCAUAUUCGUUGA